UGGUCACUACUCUCCAGGCACAGAAGCGGCGGAGAAUCACCAGAGGACUAUAACGGCCAGACACAAGUUGGUAGGGUCCGCGUAGCAGCUCGGCGGAGGGUCCACCAGUCUGCUUCCACGGCGAGGACUUUUGGGGACACGGAAGAGACGUUUUGCUGGGAUUCUAGCUCGCAACCCCCGGAGAAUUCUCUCGGAGAGAAGCAGCGGCAGGAGCGGCAGGGCUCCCGCUGCUAGCCAUGAACAAGAACCACCGAGUGCCGAGCAGCCGUUCUCUCAGUGCCGUGGAGGUGAAGAGCAAGUUUGGUGCAGAGUUCCGUCGGUUCUCGCUGGAUCGUUCCAAGCCGGGGCGCUUCGAUGAGUUCUACGGUUUGCUGCAGCAUGUCCAUCGAAUUCCCAACGUGGAGUUGCUGGUGGGGUACGCCGACGUCCAUGGCGACCUGCUGCCCAUCAAUAAUGACGACAACUACCACAAGGCCAUCUCCACUGCCAGCCCUCUGCUGCGGUUGUUCCUGCAGAGAAAAGAGGAAGCCGACUACACCGCGUUUGGUACAGACUCACUAACCAGGAAGAAAAACAACGUCCUCUCUGCAGUCCUCUUGCGGCCUGACGCGAACAGGAAGAAGCCCCAGGUCAUCAUCAGCCUCCCAAAAGACUUCCGUCCCGUCUCCUCUAUUAUCGACGUGGACAUCUUACCUGAGACGCACCGGCGCGUCCGCCUGUACAAGCAUGGCCAGGAGAAGCCGCUGGGCUUCUACAUCCGCGAUGGCUCCAGCGUGCGGGUCACUCCGCAGGGCCUGGAGAAGGUCCCGGGCAUCUUCAUCUCUCGCAUGGUGCCGGGCGGCCUGGCUGAGAGCACCGGGCUGCUGGCCGUGAACGACGAGGUGCUGGAGGUGAACGGCAUCGAGGUGGUGGGGAAGUCGCUGGAUCAGGUGACGGACAUGAUGAUCGCCAACAGCCACAACCUCAUCAUCACAGUGAAACCCGCCAACCAAAGGAACAAUGUCGUCCGCGGCGGUGGCGGAGGAGGCGGGGCGGCGUCCGGCAGCUCGGGCCGCUCCUCGGACAGCGGCGCCAGCUACUACGGCUACUCCUCUGCUGGUGCCUCUGCCUCGGUGCCUUCACACAUCAUCCAGAACUUUCCUGUGGGGGAGCUGGACAGCGAGGAGGAGGAGGAGGACCUGGUGAUCGAGGUGGGAGAUGAAAUGGAGCCGCUGAGCCGCACGCCGUCGCUGCCUCGCUACGAGCCUCAUCUGAACCUCCGAGCUGCCGCCGCGUCCACGCUGUCCAUCAACACCAACGGUACGCUGCCCGCCAGCGCCAGCAGCUGGUCGCUGAGCAACGCCAGGGGCGCUGCGGACACUCCUCCGCCUGACAGGGUCAUGGAGAGGCGGAGUCUGGAGGAGGACGGCACCGUCAUCACCCUGUAAUGUCUUGAUCUCCUCCUGUCUUGUGUCUGCGCCGCCUCUGACCUGCCACGUUGUAGGAGUGCCAUAACAGUGACCCGCGUCCACACGCCUGGCCCCGACACUCAUGCAUGCACACCUUAUUCUAAUCCACCUGAAGCACUUGCUUUUCUUUCAAUAAUUCCGUGGCUCAGCUAUGAAAACAUCAGGAUCAAGCACUGGAAACUCACUCUUACCUUCGCCACAUGAUGCAGCUGUUGUCUGAGUUGAGCUGAAGUGUACAUUAGUUUUGCACCUGAAACGACAUUUUAAAUCCUUUCUGUAGGUAAUUUGAUGAAUGGCUUUGGGAGCAGCUUUUCUUUUUCUCGUAUAGGAGUGUGUUCUGUCUAGUUGGUGAAGCACGCCACACUGUGGCCGUGCUGAGAAGGACAGAGCGACAUCUUCUGACCGUUGCUCCUCGCCUGUGUGCGAAAGAGCUUCUGGUAAUCUUGGGAGUCCAGAGUUCACUUGGAUGUUUCCUGGAAGGUUUACAUAUGAAAAGUUCCUCUUGCUCUUGGACAAUCAAUUAUUAUCGUGACUGAAAGUGGAAUCUUCUGAAUGACUGGAAUAAUUGAGGUCACAUUUAAGAUGCCUAAAAUGCCCCGAAGAGCAGUUUGGAAGUUAAAAAAAAAAAUAUGAAUAUGAAUGCGCUGAUGAAAGCACUCAGAAAUGUAGGUCAUCGGGUGCUAACAAAUUCAUCUUUUGCCGUCUGGAGUUUUUAACAUUCCUUUUAUUUGUGUGAUUCUGAAGGUGAAAAUGUGCCGGCAGGCUGUAUACAAUCAUGACGACACUGGUCUCUGUGAGCAGUGAACUCUUGUGAUGAAACACUGGAGGUUGCCAGGGAUUUUUACGGACGCGUUGGUCCUCCCCUGUGCAGCUGCAAUAACAGGCAGGUGUGUGGUGCAACGCGGUGAUGAAUGGAUCGGACAAAAUCUUAAUUUAUUUUUAAACUAUCACCGGACACUGGAACUGUGCCCGCGGCCACCUUGUGUUAUUUAUUCUUUAAUCGAGUGUAUUUAGUCACUUUUACUCUUCAGUUUUAGUUGAACUCUCUUUCUGCGUUGGAAAUGAUUUCACCUUGUGAUUAUUGUUUCAAAUUCUGUUUUCCCAUACUGUGAAUUAUGACGUCUGUUGUGUCAGAGAACCUCAAGCUGAGCUGUUUGUUUAGGAGUCUAUUUUUUUAAGAUAAUUCAUGAUGCUUGCCAGGUGAGUCCUGUUGGUACACGUUUGAAAUGAUGUCAGUAUUUUCUAAUUGUACAGUUUUAUCACCUAAUGAAGUUGUUUUAAAAGUGAAAUCAGAGGUGUAUGAAUGGAUGACGGAUUGUCCAAGAUUCUGAAUAAAAUAGAACCUUAUAUGUCACCUAUGUUUGCUUCUCAAUCCUUAUAAUGCUAUGGAAGGACACACACACACAGCAUAGAUCGAAAACACAAGUUUGUCACCUCACACCUGAUAAAUCUUUGUUGUUUGGUUAAUCUUUCUACCCUCCAAUUAAGGGCAGAUUUUUCUUUUUUAAUUGUCGAACCAAAACUAUUGUCGACGAAUAUAAAAAACAUGCUUGGAUCACCUUAUUUUAAAACAUUAACUCGGAUCUGUCGCCAUCUGUUGGUCAUUU